AUGGAUGAGCAUGAUCACGUAGAGCCUGCUGGGGCUUCAGAACCGACUCAGUUUGUUCUUGAAUUGGAAGAUGGUGCUGGUUUUGAGAAAAAUCAAGAAUUUCGAUCGAAAGAGGCGUUGCGAGUAUUGGUUGACAGAGCUUCGUAUAAGGGAUGUUUUGAAGUCAAAACAGUGAAGUCUGAUCAUGGGCGACUCAUUCUUAAAUGCCGUCAAGCUGAACAUGGUUGUUCAUGGUAUGUACAUGCUGUAAGAAUGAAGGAUUCAACUUACUUCAGCCUUAGAGUAUACAGGAAAAUGCAUAGUUGCUCUCGGGUCCUUACCAGCACAAUUGAGAAUAAAAGAAAAGGUACUCCACAAGUUGUAGCAGAUGUUUUGCGUGCAUCGUAUCCAGGUGUAGUGGACACACCGGCUCCUAGAAGUAUUGUGAAGGUUGUUCAAAAUGAAGCUCAUGUGAAUGUGUCCUACUCUACUGCCUUGAGAGGAAAAAAACUGGCGAUUAGUCAAGUGAGGGGUAGUCCGGAAGAAAGCUUUCAAAGAUUGCAUUCUUAUCUGUGUGUGUUGAAGCUGGUGAACCCCGGUACAGUGACGAGCGUGAAAGUGGAUGCUAAUAAUAACUUCAAGUAUCUUUUUGUUGCUUUGGGUGCCAGCAUUGAAGGCUUUAGUUCAAUGAGGAAAGUCAUAGUGGUGGAUGCGAAUUUUCUUAAUAAUGUUUAUGAUGGUAUGCUAGUAUUUGCCACGGCUCAGGAUCCUAAUCAUCACCAUUACCCUAUUGCAAUGGGUGUAAUCGAUAGUGAAAAAGACUCUAGUUGGAGGUGA